AUGCUCCAUGGACGAGCUAAAUCGAAGAGUGUCAUGACCGGUUACCAAAACACCGAAUUUCGGGGAGAAUUCACGCUCGUUAACAGUCCAAAAACUGCGAAGACUUUGUUCAAGGGGCCCAUUCAUAUUGCAGCUGAUGGCGGAACACAAGAUAAAUGGCCUUUCUCUGUCUCCAUACCGACUCAUGUUGAGAUUGGAGGAGGCAGAUACUACACGGAGAGCUUCCUAUCGAUUGAACCCUCAUCAGUCGCAAAGGAUAAACUGCCUCCUAGUUUCGAGGUAGGAUGGAAAGGCGAAUCUGACGAAGCCUUUGUGGAGUAUUAUCUCGAAGCUGGCUUGAGGCUAGACGCGAAAGGUUCCAGGGGAACCUACACUGCUGUCAAGCCAGUACGGAUCGUACGUUUCAAUCCGGGAUUGUCUAUUACAAGCAAUAACCUGAAAAGGCAUGAUUCAGAGUUGACCGUCUCUUCCUUCCAUCUCGAGCCCAGCCUGAAGAAUGCCAAGCUAUCCAGAUCCCAGAAGAUGAAGAAGGUGUUCGGCACUCCUUCAGUUCCGUCAUUGACUUUCAAGCUGGAGGUUGGUGCACCCACUGUUAUCCAAGCAGAUGAUCCGAACCCUUUUCAAUUUUCCCUGAGGGCUGUUCCUCAAUGGGACCAAUCCACCAAGAGCCUGCGUGACGUGCCGCAGGCGCUGCAGCUUACGAACCUGAACAUCAAUAUUUGGACCAUUGUGGAGGUGAAAACUGAACGGCGGCGGCCAGUGGGAAACGGCGAAAAUGGUUGGAGAUUUGCCACCAGCCUGGACACAAACACAGCUCUCAAAUCGCUCUCCUCUCCCAUUGAAUUACAAUGCACCAAUGACAGCCCCACGAUCGACGUCGGCAAAAUUUUCAAGCUUGGGAUCCCGCUCUACAUAAACCCUCCACCAGGGAGCGUAUGGGAUGAGUUUGUGCGACCCGGCAUUGUUACGUACAAUAUCAAGAUAACCCACCAGCUCAGAUGGGAAAUGGAGUUCAAAAUCGCUGGAGAUAUUGCAAAGGUCGAUGGCAAAGGGGAUCUCGAGGUUCUGUGGCCUCCACGUGCAUCUUUUGUGCGCCAUCCAGUUGGAAUUCCAGCGGGUAGUAGCGAUCAAUCUUGGGUUGCACCUCCCGCUGAGGACGAGAAUCCCCCGACCUUUAGGGAAGUGCAAGAGGAGGAUCUACAGGCAGGGAGAGAGCCAUGCGAUGAGGAGAGAAAUGAGCACCUGUGA